CCUGUUUGUUUCCCAAGAAACCUGCCACAUUGCCACAAUUAUUCGCCCUAGAAUGACUCAAAACAUCGCUUAAAAAUUUCUCCUCACUGAAUCCAUGGCGUCUGAAUCCGACUCCACGCAAGUCUCCAACGAAGUCCAAACUGAUGUUCUCUAUGCAGCUCGACUAUCAUGCUAUAAGGCGCGCGACGAAUUCUAUGCAUGCUUGGAGAAAGAGUCUCGCAAGAAAGCCACUGAAAUUGCAACUGUUGGCCUGCUUUACCCGGUGGAUUGCAAAAAAUCCAGGGGUGAAUUUGUGAAGCAAUGCCGACCCAGCUGGGUAAAACACUUCGAUAGGCAGUACUGUGCCAAGAAGAGGGUUCACAGGCUGUUGGAUGAUGAUAAUGAGUCAAGGAGAGGUCCGUUGGUACUCCCACAGCCUUACACAUUUAAGCCCCCUAGUUCAAGCUAAUAUUCAAAGUACGCAAUGUGGUUAUGCCGGAAUCAUAGUUUUUAUCAUUGACUACUGCUUUUGCCUGGGGCUAUAAUAAUACUCUGUGCUUGGCAACUUAGGAAAAUGGAAGUUUGGUCAAUGAAAAAUGAGGUCUAAU